AUGGCGAUCCUGCAGGUGGAUCGUGCUCACUUCCAUCAAGGGGACCUCCAAGCAUUUUCCGUAAGUGAAGAGUGCCUUGUGUUCAGGCCGGCAUACUCUCACGUUGUCCUGAGACCCCGGCUUGGAUACGUGCCCAAGGCCAUGCCCACUCGGAGUGUUGCCUCCUCCUGGGCACUGAUGUCAGAUCUAGAGGAUGAGAUUAAAGUGUUGCGGCGGAAGGUGCAGGAAGGAGAAGAGGCACUUCAGAGGGCUGGACAGUAUGGACUUCAACUCUUGGAUGACAAAAUGGAUCUGCACAACAAAUUGGAGGAACAACGAAUCGAGAUGUCCAAUGUCAUUGAGGCCCUGGAACAAGAGAAAUACUCUUUACAAAGGGAUGUUGAGCUAAAGGCCCGCAUGCUGGAGAGUCUGCGAUCAGAAUUUGAUCUCGUCAGAAACCAACAGAAACAUCAAAUGGAGCAGCAACAAACUCUGCUGGAGAGGAGCCAUGCUCUUGAGCUCAGCGAUUUAAAGAAUAAGUUGGAAAAAAUGAAGACAGAUUUAGAGGAGGCUCAACUUGCUGAGAAGCAGAUGAGACACAAGCUGGACCAGCAGUCGCUGCAAUAUAACAAAGAGUGA